UCGAAAGGAAGUCUCGUGUGGCUCUCGAAAUUUCCUUUCGCGGCUUCUCGCCCGCCCGCAUCCACAUCGCCUGGCGCUCAAGCCACGAAAAGCGAUGUGGCGGUAGGGCGACGGGGCGGUUCCGCCCCAUGGUAGCGGGGCAACUCUCAAAUGGCGGCUCGCCUUCGAGCGUCUCCCGCGCGCACGCCUUCGCGCUGUCGGACCUGGGGGACGCGGAGCUGUCGCAGGGCGCCACGCUGAAGGCCUUGGAGGCCUUCGAUGCGGCCCUGGAGCAGGAGGAUCGCUGGCCCACCAUUUGGCUCCACCGGGCUCAGGGGCGGCUGGCGGACGGGGACUUCGCGGGGGCCGUGGCGGACGCGUCGCGGUGCUUGGGGAUGGGGAAGGUGCCCUUAGCGCUGCAGGUGCGGGGCGAGGCCUUUCGCCGCAGCGGGGAGCCGGCGCAGGCGCUGCCAGACUUUGACGCCUUCCUGGCCUUCCUGGCGUCUGAAAGCGCCAUGGCGGAAACCGCGGCCGGCGCCACGACCCUGUGGCGCCGCAGCAGGUGCCACCUGGAGAUGGGGCAGCUGCAGGAGGCCAUCGCCGACAGCCAGGCCGCCCUGGCGCUGGGGCAGCUGAUGCCCCUGGAGCGUGCGGACUGCUGGCUGGUGACGGCCAAGGGGAAGAUGCGGCUGGCGCUGGACGCCGAGGAGGUGGCCAAGGCGUGCACCUCCGCGCUGCUGGACAAUCCCCGGCUCCACGAGGCGAUGCUGAUACGUGGACAGGCCCAGCUGCAGCGGGGCUUCUUCGCCGCCUGCGACCUGGACUGCUCCCAGGCCCUCAGCGCCUGCCCCGACAGCGCCACGCCCUGGGCCACCCGCGGCCGCGCGCGGCUGCGGCAGAAGUGCUACCGGGAGUCCGUGGAGGACUGUGAACGCGCGCUAGACCUCGACCCAGAGUGCAGGCUAGCGAUGUCUACCCUGGGUGCCGCCUUGCUUCAGUUGGGCCACAAUGAGAAGGCCUUGGAGAACUGCGACCGGGCGGUGGUCUUUAUGCUGGCGCGCCUGGGGAAGGGCCUAGAGGAGGAGGAGGAGGAGGUGGAGAAGUCCAAGAAGAGGAAGAAGAAGGGCAAGAAGGGCCUCCGAAAGAAGCGGGUGGAGUCUAAGAAGCGGCCGCCCUCCGAGAAAGAGGAGAGGAAGCCGACUCAGGAGCCUCUGGAGCCUCUGGAGCCGCGCAAUGAGACGGAGACGGAGGCGGAGGUGGACGAGCUGGAGGCGGAGGCGGAGGCGGAGGUGGAGGCGACAGAGACAGAGGCGGCGACGGAGGCGGCGACGGAGGCUGAGGAUGCAGACAGCCCGCCCGAGAACCUGGACCGCUCCGAGAUCGAGGAGCUGGCGGAUCUCUACGCCAUGCGGGCGCAGGCCAAAGUGGCCCUCGGCGACCUCGAGGGCACCAUCGAGGAUUGCUCCGCCGCGCUGAAGCUCAACGACAAGGUGCCCUUCUGCUGGGCCGCGAGGGCGGAGGCGCGGCGGCGGAUGAGCAGCUUGGUUGAGGCGGUGGCGGACGCCUCGGAGGCGCUGCGGCUGGACCCGCUGAACGUGCCCGCCUACGUGACCCGGGCCAAGGCCAAACUGAGAACAGGUGAGAACCAGUACGUGGUCACCGACUGCAGCGAGGCCCUGGCCCUGGACCUGAGCCGCUCCGACGCCUGGGCGGCGCGCGCCUGCGCGCGCCUGGACCUGGACGACACCGUGGGGGCCCUGCAGGAUGCCAAGAGCGCAUUGGCGCUGGAUCCGCAGGACGUGGAGGCCUGGUGCGCCUUGGGCGGGGCGCUGCUGGACUGCAAGGACCAGGUGGGCGCGGCCGAGGCGUGCACGCGGGCUCUGAAGCUGGAUCCCAGCAGCGCCAGGGCCUGGUUCAACCGCGGCUGCGCACGGACGGACCUCAAGGACCUUGAAGGCGCGCGGCGCGACUUCGACGAGGCCAUCGCGCUGUGGCCCGAGAACUUCUUGGCCUGGGAGCACCGGAGCCACGUGCGGCUCAAGCAGAGGGACCUCGAAGGCGCCAUGGAGGACAGCGUGCAGGCGCUGGAGUUGGAUCCGCGCUUGGUGACGGCCAUUUGCCUCCAGGCGGAGGUGAAGCGCCUGCAGGGGGACCUCAAGGGCGCGGUGAACGACGCCACGCGGGCGCUGAAGUUCGAGCCCUGCGCGGCAGCCUUCUCGGUGCGCGGGCAGGCCUAUUCAAAGCUGGAGCGUCAUGACAAGGCCGUGCAGGACUGCCAGCGCGCGGUGAAGUUGGACCCCCCGACCUUGGAGGCGCCGCUGGUGGCGUGGCGCCACGGCACCUCCUCCACCCCGCAGGCGGCGCCAAUGGCCCAGUGGGAGGUGGAAGCCCUGGAGGCGAAGCAGAAGGCGGAGGCGCAAGCGAAGGCUGCCAAGGAGGCGCAGGAGAAGUUCCUGCGGAAGCAGAAGGCGGAGGCUGCGAAGAAGGCCCAGGAGCAGGCGCUCAAGGCCUCCAUGGGCCGGCGGAAGCGAUUCUGAGCGUCAGACGCUUCACCUGCAAGCUGCGUCGGGGCUGGAAAUUCGGCAAGCUUGGCCCACAAAGUGGGAGACAAGAAGACGCCUUUGGCGCCCGAGAGCCCA